AUGUACCGACCAAAAAAGAGCCCAUACGGGCUCACUUCGCCAUGGGAACAUUAUUACCAGCCCAUUGACACCACACCGCAGGGCCGCUUCGAGUGCGACCUCGAUGAAAUGGUUGUUUUUGGUGACAUACCCACGACGAUCAGCGGAACCUGGUACCGCAUCCUCGUAGACCCUCACUUUUGCCCGCAGCCUCGCACCCCCUUUGUUGAUGGAGACGGGCAUGUCUGCGCGUUCAGAAUACAGAAUGGGAGAAUAUCUAUGAAGAUCAAAUAUAUACACACCGAAAGAUGGCUUUUAGAGCGCCAGGCUGGACGCCGUCUAUUUGGCCGCUAUAGGAAUCCCUUUGACAUACACCCAUGUGUACGGUUUGCAAACGACAGCACGGGAAACACCAACAUUAUCUAUUGGGGUGGAAACCUUUUAGCGCUGGCUGAGAGGGGUUUGCCAUACGCACUGGACCCAGACAGUCUCGAGACUAGGGGUGCGGAUCCGUUUGGGGGCCAGACAAUCGCAAAGACAUUUGCGGCGCAUCCCAAGGUUGACCCGCAUAAGAACGAGCUUGUGACUUGGAGCUACUCUGCAAAAGGGCUCAGCACUCCCGAUAUCUGCACCUACUCAAUCGAUACGCAGGGACGCAUCGCCAACGAACAUUGGUUCAAGCAGGACAAGCCUGGGUGGCCGCACGAUGGCUGGAUUACGGACAACUGGAUCAUCUUGUCCAACAUGCCCUUUGGAGUCAAUAGCGACGAGAAGAUGCAGGCUGGCGGUGACUACUGGAGAUUCAUCCCCGACCAGCCGUCCGAGUUUCUCGUCAGUCCACGCUACGCAAACACGCCGAGCCACCCAGACUGGAACCCCGGCGAGCUUCGCAAGUACACCGCGCCGCACGGCCUAAUUAUCCAUACCGGCAACGCUUGGGAAGAGCAGGAAGGCGGGGUCUUGAAACUCGAGAGCCACUUCCUAGGCUUCAACGUAUUCCACUUCUUCAAUCCGGAGGACUAUGAGAGCCCGCAGCCCAGUGGCGGUUGGCUGCAAUGGACGCUAGAUCUCUCCAAGCCGGACGGAACCGCACUGCCACCACCAGAGACGCUGUUGACGGGCAUAUUCGACUUUCCCAUCUUCGAUGAGAGAAUGACUGGUCGCAAAACGAAAAUCCUGUAUCUGGGCGGCAUGGUGACGCCGGACGGAGGAUUCCGACCUCAGUUCAACACGAUAAUCAAGUUCAACACGGAGACUAACGAAAAAUCCACCUUUUACGCUGGGGAUGACGGAGGCGUGGCGGAGCCAGCCUACAUUUCUCGGGGCCCAGACUGCGAGGAAGGCGACGGCUGGAUCAUAUUUUACCUGGAGAGAGACUCGUCGCCCAAGGGUGAACUAGUCAUCCUCGACACAAACGACUUCUUGAAGCCUGUCGCAAUCGCGCAGUUGCCCUUCAAGACGCGUAAUCAGGUCCAUGGAAACUGGGUGCCAAAUCCUCACCCUGAUCAGCCCCUACCAUUUAUGUCAGGACCCAUCAAAGAGGUCAUCCCGAGCAUAAAGUACUCUCAGCUGCAUAGGCUGCCUUAA